UGUACAGUACGCACAUUAGAACACGUAACGUACUGCGAAUACCUCUUGAACUGCCAGGAAUGACAGAACAUGGAGUAUCUACUGCUUUGUUUAGUCUGACCAACAGGCCAAAUGUGUUUAAUGUACACGUUAGAGAAGCUGGAUCCAUGAACGACAUGUGUGACAUAUAAUGAGCUAACACAGUGUUAUCUGUCAGCGCUGUUCACACAUGCACAUGAUCAGAGCUACAUGGCAAUUCUGACUGCAUCCAGUCCCGUCCUAGCCAUGGUGUGUUGCCAUUCCUGCCCCAGGCUGUGCUCCCGCUCCUCGGCCUACACUCUGGCCCUCGGUCUGGGCUUCAUAAUCCUCGGGACCAGUCGUAUCCUGCUGCUUAAAUUCGCUGCCAAUGCUGAGAACAAGUAUGACUUCCUCCCUGCAUCAGUCAAUCUACUCGCUGAGGCGCUCAAACUGCUCUUCUGUCUGGUUAUGUCAGUCAGGGUCAUAGUUCGAGAAGGACGAUCAUGCAGAGAGCUGGGCUGUUCCUCCAGUGCUUCCUUCCUCGGUUCCUUGAAGUGGGCUGUCCCUGCUUUCCUCUACUUUCUCGACAACCUCAUCAUCUUCUACGUGCUGACAUACCUGCAGCCUGCCAUGGCAGUGUUGUUCUCCAACUUUGUCAUCCUGACCACAGCUGUGCUCUUCAGAAUUGUUCUGAAGAGGCGCCUGUCCUGGGUUCAAUGGGCAGCAUUAGUUGUCCUCUUUCUGUCCAUUGUUUCCUUGACAACAGGAUCAGGAGGCCACCAAAAUGCCAUCGCCGUGCCAGGUCUCCAUUCAAACCCCAUUUCCACUCCGUCCAACUCCUGCCUUCUCUACACACAGCUGCUGGAGCAGAUGAGGAACAGCAGUGCCAGUGAAACGUGGGUGUCGUCCCUGCCUGGUCAGGCCUGGAGGGACAGGUUAGUGGAGAAGCUUCGAUCUCUGGGUGUGGGUCACAUCCUGCUCCUCCUCCAGUGCUUUAUCUCCGCCAUGGCCAACAUCUACAAUGAGAAGAUCCUCAAAGAAGGAGACCAGCUCACAGAGAGCAUCUUCAUCCAGAACAGUAAAUUGUAUGCCUUUGGUGUGUUGUUUAACGGGCUGACCCUUGGGCUUGGCAGUGAGGCUCGAGGCCUCACCAUGCACUGCGGGCUCCUCCAUGGACAUAACGUCUACUCCCUGGGUCUGGUGCUGGUCACUGCUGCCCUGGGUUUAUCUGUGGCCUUCAUCUUGAAAUUUAGAGACAACAUGUUCCAUGUGCUGACAGGCCAGAUCACCACUGUUCUGGUUACUGCCCUUUCCCUCUUCCUCUUUGAGUUCCACCCUUCGCUGGACUUCUUCCUCCAGGCUCCCAUGGUCCUCCUGGCCAUCUUUAUCUACAAUGCCAGCCGGCCCAAGGACCUGGAAUACAGCCUGCAGCAGGAAAAGCUGCGGGUCAUCAAUGGAGAGGUGUUCGAGAGGUCCAGAGGGGAUGGCGAGGAGCUGGAGCUCCUGACAAAGCCCAACUCAGACAGUGAAUCCGAGGAGGAGUCUUUGUAGUGCUGACUCAUGGCUCACCUACAGGACAGAAGAUUUUCUUCUUUACUGUUGCUAAUAUUCAGCUGCAGCACAGACAUGGUGAACGCAGCAUGGUGGCCCAGUUGAUCUGUCAAAGCAUUUACUUGAAUGACUGUCAGCGGGUAAAUGGCAGUGUUGAUGGACUUUGUGAUGAGUCGACUAUUGUGUAUAUUUUGAAAUGUGCCUGUCUGUGUAUGAGUGCUGUCAAUUUUUGAGUGGAACAAACAGCAGUGAAAGUAAUAGUGUACAUGCUGGGGACCACCACUUGUAUUUGUCAUUUGGGAUCAUUAAGGGUUUCUGUUACACUUUCCUUCUGUUGUUUGUGCGGCUUAUUGUCUGGUUGCAGAUGGUUUAAGUUACAGCAGACAGUAUUAUGAUCGUAAGGCUUUACACUAUUAGUUGUUGGCAAAGUGUAAAAGAAGUAUUUAUUCAACCACGGUCAAUAUUCCAACUGUGGGAAAAUUUCAGCAACAGACUUGCUACAAAUUCACAAACUAUAGCUUCAGAAAUGACCGUGUAAUUGUAAAUUGCCAGAAAUUUGCACACACAACAGGACUGUUGUUCCCAUUAGUGUACAGGGAAUGUUAAGCAUGAUAGAGCAGUCAGUAUGUCUGACUUUCUGAAAGCACAACAAACUCUUGGUUCUCUUACUUGGCCUUAAAUAUUGUUUUUUUUACACAUGUAUUGAUGUAUUACAACUGUGAAAUACUAUGAAAUCUAGUUCUUUUAUGAUUCUUGUUUGUGCCAUAAAAUCUUAACGUGAC